AUGUUCAUGUAUACACCCUCAUCACCCAAUAGCAGCGAUCCUCACGCUCCCGCUCCGACUACGUCUCCGGUCACAGACGGCCACCACGGCGCACCUUCGCCCUCUUCGGCAUCGGUCAAGGAGAGGGCCGGCCGAUCGCAGACUAGUGGAUCCCUCUCGUGCGUCACCUGCCGAGCCCGCAAGCUCAAGUGUGACCGCGCCAGACCGGUGUGCACCCGCUGUUCGAGGUCGGACGGUGGUGGCCAGUGUGUGUAUCCCGAGUCGAAGAGAAAGCCGACGUUCAAGAGGAGGAAUGUGAGAGAUCUAGAAGACCGACUGGGUAGGUUCAUGCCCCAGGUGGAGAUCUAUCUCAAGGAUGCCACGAGGAAUGACCAAGAGGAGAACGCAUCGGCUUCGCCAUCCUCCAGCACUGCCGCUGCCGCUCCCCCUCCGACCGCUGCUCCUACGGAUGCGCAGCCGGCGGGGACUGCUGCGCAGCUUUCAGCCGCCGAGUCCAUCCCUCUGGAUCUCCCGGACUUCUCACCAGACAGUAUGGCCGGCACUCCAUUCGACGACACGCAGCUCAUGAGCUUGGGCAUAUCCGAGAGUCUCCCUCCUCCCAAUGUGAUGGAAGAGCUGUAUGCGCUCUCCUCUUCCUCUCCCUUCUCAUGGGAAGCCCCUCUAGUACUGGUAGCAGUGACCUCGGGACUGACCUCCACGACUAGGAAUAACAUCUGCCUGCAGUCACAGCACAACUUCGUCAACAUAAUCCACCCAUCUCGCUUCUGGCAGUCCUUUUACGGCCCGCCAUCCCAGAAACCCCCCAUGUCCCUGCAGUACGCUAUGUGGACCAUGGCCUCUCACGUCGCCGCCAAGUACAACAAGUACACCGAUGUGUUUUAUCGUCGCGCGAAGCACUAUGUCGAGAUGGACGAGGCAAAGGGAGACGGAAACCACGUCCUCACCGCUGCCCACGCACAGGCCUACAUCAUCCUGGCCAACUACGAGGCCAAGCUCGCCCACUUCACAAAGUCAGCCCUGACAGCCGCAAGCGGCGUACGCAUCAUACAGGUCAUGGGGCUCGAUCGCAUCGACGACGACGAGGACAAUGGUCCCGUGCCCAAUAGGAUGCCACCCCCUGCGGACUGGGUUGAGGAGGAGGAGCGCAGGCGGGUGUUUUGGUCGGCAUUUACUAUCGACACUCAUGCUUGUGUGGCAGCUGGUUGGCCCAGUCUGAUAAAUUCCGAAGAUAUCUCAACCCGCCUCCCGUGCUCAGAUGAAGCCUACUUCUCCGGCCAGCAGGAGCCCGAAGCUCCCUACCUCGACCAGGUCUUCACGGAGGGCGCGAGCUAUUCCAGCUUCGCGGGCAUCGUCGUCGUAUGCCGCAUCUUCAAGGCCAUCACCCAGCACGCCUUCCGCUCGCGCCCGACCGACCAUCCAGAGGACGUGGUCAACGGCCAGUACUGGAACCGCCAUCGCGAUCUGGACAACGAUAUUGCCACCCUGUUCCUCUUCAUGCCCGAGAGGAUGCGUCUGCCCCAGAACAUGCGCGAGCCGUCCGCCGUCGCGAUGAACCUCAACCUGCACGCCGCCAUCAUCUGCCUCCACCAUGCGGCCCUGGAAAAGGUGGACACGUACUCACUCCCAGAGACACUGAGGCAGAAGCUCAUGUGUCGUCUCGAGGCUGCAGCCGAGGAGGUUGUCCACCUAGCCAAGAUGUCGUCUCACAAUCCUGCCCCUUUUAAAACCCCGUUCUCUGCUAUAUCCCUCUACUCGGCCGCCUCUGUAUACAUCUACCUCCACAAGAAGGAGGCCGGCGGCACCAACCGGGCGACGCAGCGCUCCAACCUCCAGCUUAUACUGCACACCCUCGACUCCCUGAGCCGCGCGUCCCCCGGUGUCCUCCGAAACUUCUUCUACCGAGCCUGUCUCGACGUCGAGCGCAGCAACCUCUCCUCCGUCAUCCACAUGCCCAAGAGGGGUGCAGCCGCACUGAAAUCGGCCCGCUCACCCACGUCCGCGGCGGCGGCGGCGGCGGCGGCGGCAGCGGCGGCACAUUUCGGCUUCUCUCCAAUGCAGGCAUCUUCGCCGGCAGACUUUUCAGAAAGCGCAGGACUGCUGCAUGUACCCGACAUGUCGAAGUCGAAGCCGUGCUUCCAGACCGUAAUCGGCGCCAUAACCCGCAACAUCGACUCACUUCCAGACGACGAGUCUUCCCAGCCGCAUGCCACCACCGACACCACCACCACCAACACCGACGGCAAUCAGCAGCCCACGCCGGGAACGACAGCGUCGUCCCAGACAAAGAAGAACAGCCGCAAGGAUAGCAGCAGCAGAGACAAGGUCGUAGAGUCAUCGUCGGAAUCGUCGCCCCUCAACACGGCCGGCUUCACCGACACGAGACCGCCCAGCAACAGCAGCCAUACCUCACCGGACACGUUCGGCGGCACCUCAGCCUCCUUCAUGGACCAGCUCACCGACACUGUCAUGGACAGCACCUUCCAAGGGAACUGGGGUAUCCCGGUGCACCCUCACAACGGCACCGACUGGGGUGCCGAUCCACCCGACAGCAAUUGA